AUGGCGGCGAAGGUGGUUAGACGGAACUUGCCGUAUUUCAAAGAACAAUUUUCUGCUGCUGUUGGCAAGAGUAGCGUCGUGGUAAAGUUUGUUGCAGCAGCAGUUACAUUGGGAUACUUUCUUUCAUUCCUAUCUUCCAUUAUCCCCUAUGUGACAGUCACUCCAGGCUAUGUUAUGCCACCUAACUUCUGGAUAUGGACGUACUUCACUCAUUGCUUCGUGGAGUUUCAUAUCUGGGAGGUGGUAGCUGAUAUUGCAGUUGUCAUUCUUUGUGGCAAACUUUUGGAACCACUAUGGGGAGCUAUGGACAUGCUUAUUUUCUUUGCCGUUGUAAAUCUAGGAGUUGCAUUAUCGACGUCCUUCGUGUAUAUUUUCAUUUACUUCGCCACUAGAAAUGAGGAGUAUCUCUUCAAAAGCCACAUUCAUGGACUGGCAGGGUACAUCGCAGGAUUCUCGGUAGCUGUCAAACAAGUGAUGCCCGAUCACGUGUUGCUGCCAUCGCCGUUUGGGAAACUACGAAAUACUCACAUUCCCCUACUCCUGCUGUGUGUAGUCAUCAUACUUCGGUUGCUAAGAGCGUUAGAUGGACCCUAUCCAUUCAUGUUUGGAUUAGGUAUUCUUGUCAGCUGGACAUAUUUGAGGUUCUACCAGAAACACACCAAUGGAAACAGAGGAGACAUGGCAGAAAAUUUCAGUUUUGCCAGUUUCUUCCCAAGCAAGAUUCAGCCCUUUGUAGCAGUGUUAGCCAACACCAUCUUUAGUGGAAUGGUUCGGAUGAAAAUCUGCAAAAAACCUCAGCGGAAGUAUGAUGUCAGUUCACCAACCACAAUUACUAUCUCCUUACCUGGUACAGAUCCACAGGAUGCUGAGAGAAGAAGACAAGUGGCUCUAAAAGCUCUGAACGAGAGACUGAGUAAAUCAACUGACUUGCCAACAAAGUGGCCAUCCAUGGAAGAGCCUGACGCAGAAAGCAGUAAGCCAAGUUCAUCAACAGCAAAGCUUCCUUCAAAACUGGAAUCCACAGGGAUAGAGAAAAGGGCUCCAUCACCAAAACUUCCCAUACCAGACUUUAAGGAAAGCUCAAAUGAUGCUGACAUGUCAUCUGUGGGCGAUUCAUAGUUUUAUGAUGAAAACAGGAGAAGCAAAUGUUUUCCAUUUAUAGAAAGUGAAUAUAAUUAUAAAUAUAUAUAUAUAUUAAAUGUAUAUGUCUAUAUAUUUAAAUGUGAAUAAGUUUUUGUAUAUAGCUGAAGAUGUAUAAUAUGGGAAACAUUUGAGCCCAAGGUGGUCAUGGUUGAAGAUGGAACUCUGGUUUAUCCUAGUCUGUGUGUAGUACAUAACUUACGGCCAUUUUUCAUUUCAUAUUAUUUCAUAUGUGUUUCUAGUUCUUUAGCCGCAUGAUUUUCUGAAGAAUGUGAAGAUCUGGACAUGUCUUGUAUAAAAGUGUAAGUCAUGUAGUGCAGUGUUCUGUAGUAUCUAUGAGUAAUAUACAUAUACACUUUUAUAUGCAUCAUUACCAAUUUCUAGUGAAAACAACAAAUUUUGCUCUCAGUUAUGUUUCAGAAACAUUGUGCAUGUUAAAGUAAAGCUUGAAUACACCGUGUCAUACAUGCUGAUGCUAAGCUGUUGGAAUAGUGGAAUGAGUGGGACUAUUUUCCAAAAAAAAAAAAAAAAAAAAAAAUCCCCAGUUAACACAGAUAUUGCAUGUAAAUAGUAAUGUGAAAGCCCAUCAUUACUUACUUGGGCCAGGUACAGGUACAGGUAUAAGCUACAAAACUAAAACAGUGGUAAUAACUUAGAUUGGAGUGUCAAGUGUUUAUGGCCAGUGAUA